AUGUCUUCGAAUGCCACCAGAACCCACCUGACCGGGUCGAUGACAGGGGCCUUCCAACAGCUGCCGCCGUCCGUUCUCAAUGCCAUAAUUCCUGGCUACUCGAUCCUCGAACAUGUUGCCAAGGUCAUUGGUGUCAACAUCUCCAUCGUUAUUUUUGGCUUUGCGCUGGUGGCAGGAAUACAGUUUGGCGUUCAAAAGGCUGUCCUGCCUUUUUUGGAGGCAUUGGCCAGUCUGAUCUGCUCAAGAGUUGUUAUUGACGAAGGCGAUCCCAUGUAUGAAGCGAUCGUGGACUGGCUUCAAAAACAACAAUGGGCACAGCAUACUCGAACGGCUUCGUUGUCAAGUGGAACGCAGUCCAUAGAAUUGGUCGAGGCCGACACCACCCAAAGUGACAGCAUCUUCAAUUACCAAGAAUGGCUCAGUAAGGCACCGUUUCGAUACCUGCCAAAUUCCUCAGGAAUCUUCCACCACAAAGGGUAUCUCUAUCGCAUCGAUCUAAUUGAAACUCCUUGCCAGGGCUUCAAGUCUCCGCAAAUACUGAGAGAACUGAUGGUCACUGUCUUUUGGCCAUCCAUGAACCCACUGAAAUCUCUGAUGGAGGAGAUUCGCGAGGAAGACCUGUCAACGUACCUAUCACGCACACUGAUCUAUCGGCCUGUGCAGGAUGAUCCGAGCGCUUGCAGGUGGCGGUACAUUGCUACACGGCCGUCACGACCCAUUUCAACGGUUGAGCUCGAUCACGGCCUAAAGGAAAGCAUCGUAGACGACAUGAAUGGCUUCAUGCUCCCUUCCACCAAUCAGUGGUACUCAAAACGGGGCAUUAUCUAUCGUCGAGGAUACUUGUUUCAGGGUCCUCCAGGUUGUGGCAAGACGAGCUUCGCAUUCUCCCUGGCAGGGUUAUUCGGCGUGGGCAUCUAUUGUCUAUCUCUGAGCGAUCCUGAUCUGACCGAAGAACGACUGAUGGUCUUGAUAUCGCAUCUCCCUUAUCGGUCCAUGGUCCUCCUGGAGGACAUUGAUUCCGCCGGUCUGACUGAAUCGAACCCUCAACCAGCGCCACCGGAGACGGGCAGCACGGUGCGACCGAGACAACCCAUCAGCUUUUCUUGCCUCCUCAAUGCAAUCGACGGAGUGGCGUCUCCGGAAGGUUGUGUCUUCAUCCUAACGACCAACCACCUGGACAGGCUCCCUCCUGCGCUCAUUCGUCCGGGCAGGGUGGAUGUGUCGGUUGAGUUCGGACUGGCCGCCAAGCAACAGAUCAAAGACCUGUUCAUCCGCAUGUAUAGCUCGGAAACGGACGCUUCUGCUCCUCGUCCCAAGAAGCUCAGUGACAUCUUUCCAGCCGUCGAUCCCAAGACCUCUGAUUCGGUCGAGCAGCCACACCGAUCGAACGAAGCUUCAACCUUGUCGCCACGAGAGCCUCAUACGACGGUCGACUCGGAACUUCGGUCCUUGGCGGAUCGAUUCGCCCAGCAGGUUCCGGCCAAGGCUUACAACCUCGCUUCGAUCCAGGGAUUUCUCUUGUCACACAGGUAUGAACCGGAGAGGGCCGUCCACGACAUUCACGACUGGCUGGAGAAGAACCCACCUGCCACGAAUGAUGAUCACGCGCAAAAAAAGGAAAAAAGCACCUGAGGCCACGGGACGACGGCCACGAACGAAAGGAGGAACAGGAGUCCGAAACCAACGACGGUGUCAUUGAACCACUGGCCGUCCCAUCUGACAUGAUCAAUGAAGCUGUUAGGACGUCGACGACGGAGGAGCAAAACGUAGUCAAGAGGAACUAUAUUACCGAGAACACGGGGGAAGCAUACAUCAAGACUUAUGACUACUCGAUUGAUGGAACUGGUUUACAACAAAGGUGAUGACGGAUGGGGACUUUCACGGCGCACUCGACAUUGAGUUUGGCUUCAGAGAAAGAGACACAUUCCUUUUCAUGACCAGGAGAAGCGAACAUGGACGCAAAAUUGUACCGUGGGGAUGAGGGCAAAGGCCGAAGAUUUUCCUAUCGACGACACUCUUUCUUUUCUUUGUGCAUUCCGCGUCACCGGCUUUGGGAUGACUGAUGUCCGCGAGAGGAGCCAUUUUGGAUGCUUUGGCCACAAAGAAAGUAGUUAGCUUGAUGCCACCUCCGCGGCACCAACUCAUACCAGCGGCCAAGGUACUCUCCUUCUGUCGUCUCUCAGCCAUGACUAGUAGUAAUCCUCUCAUCAGUAACUAAGACUCUCUUUAAG